UUUUUUUUUUUUUUUCCUUGAAAAAAAAAAAAAAGAAAAAGAAAAUAGAAUGCGGGAUAUUAGAUUUCAAGUUUGAUGCUUCGAUGUUGGUAUAGGUGGGUGUGAAAAUAAUGGCAAGUUAAUGGAGGAAUACCGUCAGUUUAUAUACUUGAGAAUGAGGGUUCAGGCUGCUUUGUUUUGGCCGUUGGCUUUCACAACCAUGACCAUAUUGGGUAAUUCCUUUGCAAGUGUAUCCAUGGCUCCAUUGGGAUCAAGGAUACGAGUUCUAUCAGCCUGAAU